GCUUUAUUCAAACUUGGUUCUUUUCACGAUUCCAUCAUGAAAAUCAGUAAGCUGUUAGGGACCCGAAUUUAUCUGUCAGGAAUUUAAAAUAGAAGGCAUACUCUGUUAUUCGAAGUACAUUAAGCGAGGUCGAACGUAUAUAGUAUCUGAAUUGCACUUCAACAACCCGAGUGGCCUCUCAUCUGCAUUGAGAAUUUCGGCGAGUUCCAUUCUUUCACGAUUGAAGGGUGGAAUUCCUCUCUCGAGAACAAGAGCCUUAUCACGUGAUCUUAGUGAAGAAAAUAUAGAGCAAGCUUCCGUAGCAGUGGUCAAAGUGUGUGCAUGUUUCUUAAGAAAUUAUUUCACACAUUUUUUAAAUCAUUUAUGAAUCGAAAUAACAUGGCUUAGCAAAGACUGAUACUUUCUUUUCUAAAACCAAGAAAGGUAUUUUGUUUCUAGGGAUAUAGGUUUUUCGAAGUGAAUGGUUUUGUUAAUUCUCUUUAUGUUGAUCAGAUAAUGAUAACGAAUUCAUUACACCAGCAUGUGCAUUUUAUUUAUUUAGCGCCUUCGUAUGAAAUAGUAGAUAAAAGAUCCAAAGGAACGAUGUUAAUCUCUUCAAGUCCAUAAUGACUCGCACUUUUAAGUAAAGUUUCCUCUACGUUUAGUUGCGGAUAGUAAUGAUUAAUCGCCAGUCGAACAUUCUUGUCACUUCUAGUGCGCAUGUUAAAGCUGAAGUCCCAUGAAAGACUUUGUCUUGAUGAACAAACACACAUCACCAGCCGUCCAAACAAGGUAAUAAACCGUGCUAAGAAAAAAGUCCUGUUGCCAUUGGUAACGAAGAUGACCGCAUGCGGUUCAAACUUUUAUAUCUACAUAAUAAAGACAUUGAUUAAAACAUGUGAAGAGGCGAGAACUUUCGUCAUCAAGGGUGACAACUUGUCAACCACUUUAAUCCAUAUGCACUAAGUCUAGACUAGGAAAGUUUAAGUUCCACGGGAAAAAACGCUCCUGCUUUCAUUUCCGUGGUAAAACGUUCUUACUUGUAUGAAUUCACUAAGAAAUUCAUUGGUUACACUGACUCUCGACAUAAUUACAAGAAUCAAGGGGUAGUCAAAUGUGCAUAGCUCUCGUUUGAACUGCUCUGUGACUUUCAGUCACAGAGUCAAAAGUUAGAACCACCUUAUAUAGGAUAAUAAACAGUACCACAGGAAAGUACUGCCCAGUAGCUUUCAUUUGAAUGGUCACACUUUAGGAUUUCAUCCACAGACGCAAAAGUUACAAUCGCCUUGUACAGCAUAAUAAACAGCACCACAGAAGAGUACAACUUAGUAGCGUUCGUUUAUGAAUGGUCACACUAUAGUAUUUCAUUCACAGACUCAAACGUUAGAACCACCUGGUACAAUAUAAUAAACAGUAAAGCACAGGAAAGUACUUUUCAGUAGCGUUUAUUUUAAUGGUCACACUCCUAACGAUUUCCUCCAACUUGUCCAAACACUUUAAAAGCUAGAGCUAGCUCAGAACAGACCACUAAACAACAGCAUGAGGAAGUACAGCUUAGAAAAUUAUAUUUAAAUGUUUAUACUGUAGAAAUUUAACAUGUAAUUUGAAAAUUUGCAGAGCUUCAUAAAGCAUUAUCAAAAGAAGUGGAAAGAAAGAAAGACUCGAUUAAUCCGCGUCAUCAGCAACCAUCCGCUCUUACUCUGAUAAUCAAAUAUUUCAUAUUGCACAUUGUGCGUCAUUACCAAUAUUAGACACUCAGCCCGUUCACAAGAAUUAUCACACCUCAAAGUUUCGAUCUCAGACUUGAAUGUUAAGAAUAUGAGGGUCAGUACUAUUCAUGGCAACGCGUACAGCCGUUUACUCGAGGUACAAAACAAGACUAACCUCCGCGCAGGACAAAAGUACAGUCAUACCAUGUUAACACACAGACACUGAAAAGGCGAUAGAAAGAGUCCGUAUAAACAGGGUGUGAGUAUUAAGAAGGUCAUGUUAUGAAAGACAAAAAGACACCUUUUAUUAGUACAAAGUACUAAAGAAAUACAAGAGGACAUUAGCCUCUUCAAAUUAAACAUUUCUAACCUUAACAAAGCCGUUGUUUCUCGGACUAAAUUCACAGAAACACUCAAAAAUCGCUCAUCUUUAUAUUACUUAAUCUAAACCGUUUUCUGCAUAACUCAUGUGACGACAAAAUAGUCUGAAACUGCGGUGUACUGUAUAGCGCUUGGAACAUCGAAAUUGUGUCCAAAAGGAUAGGUCUGUUACAGUACACAGUUAAUAACGAAGGAUCCACAUUAGCGAGGUUGGCAUUCUGUGAGAAUCUCAGUGUUGACUCGGCAAAAAAACAAGUAUCGAUUGUCUGUAUUAAGCGGGUUAAAUUUGGAGAAAAUGUAUGGGCGUUCCUUCCGCAGCAGGGACAAAGAAAAGUGUCCGUAUAAAGCUGGGUUCGAAUGUAUUCAAUGGCAAGCAAAAAGCGAGUUAAAUACGUUCCUAAGUAACAUAACUGAUAAGAUUACUUUUAUUGGAUUAGGAGAAGUUAGAAGAGUGAUACUUGGUAAUUGACUGGACACAUGAAUAUCUGUUACAUGGUAUGGUAAACGCUACCCUUCCGCCAAUCCUGACGAAAGUAUGCCAUUAACAGAAACGCGAUAUAAGAAUCGGCUCUUAAAAAGUGAGGAUUACUAUCUAGAAAACUUUAAAGUUAUACACUGAACCUCUAUAGGGAACAAUGAAUAGUCCUUCAAGGAAUCAAAAAAACCCUUUAUUCAAGUCAUUGCUAUCGUUUGCCCAGCUUUGUAGGUCUGAUUGAAGUCUGUUCAAACAUACACGCAAAACUGAAAACUUCUCUGUUUUCUUUAACUGAUUUGUUAAUUUCAUCAAAGGAAAUCCUGUUUGCUUUAGAAUAGUGUAAGGUGUUAGCCAAGACGUGGAAAAGAGUAUAUUGUGUUUCAAAGAUUGAAGAAAUUAGUGAAAAGUAUUUGAAAAUUAUAUAUAUUCAAAGAAAACUUUGUGACAAUGCCAUUUCUUCGAGAGUUUGUAACAAAGUAGACCUUUAAAACUGGUUUGAGGGUUUAGGAAGGGUCAAACUCGUUGUAUACUCACUGGCUUUGCGCCAGCUACUUAGUUUUCGUUGUGUUUCAUCAAGUGUUUCAUUGUGUCUUGAAGGCGCUCGUCCAGCUUAUACCCCACACAUAGAAAGCUUGGAUUAAAGCAAGGUUAAAACGAGCUUUCAGAGCUCAAAAUUGCUGCUUGUGUGAAACUUAGACGUUGUUACGGACAUUUCUUCCCUUGCAAGUGCAGUUAUCUCCUUUAACACCUUCACUCAGGAUAAUGAAGAAAGGUUUACUUCUUCUCCGCUCUCGGAAACAUUUUAGUGGCCUGCAUCGGUGCUACACGAGUCUGUGGAUGAAAUGCUAUGAGUGACCAUUUAAAGUAGUGAAAGCUCUUUUGCUGUCUGACUAGUCCUCGUUAAUUUUAUUUUGUUUCCAGUUCCAACUUUUGAUUCACCUGGCCGUGCACAAUUGCUAACAAAUUGCUAUUACGAGGCCAUUGAAAUGAAACUCCUUCUCAGUUCGCAUAAUACCAUUUUAUCUUUAAUAUUUUACAAAGUGAAAUUUGUGACUGAUUUCUGUUCAUUUUUAGGUACUUUUGCCGGAAAGUAAAAGGUUUAAGUUAUUUUUAAAACCCGUCGAUUUUUCGACGGGUUUCACAUACUACAGUUACGCCUAUAAUUAAUCCAAUCAGGUUUGCGCUUGAAAAAAAUAUCCUUUUUCUACUCAUUGUUCAUUGUUCUAUUUGGGUGGUUCGAACCCGUGAACCAGUGAAAUCUCAUUAAAAUGUGACCAAAUUUGUUGUUGUUGUAUGUAUUUUUAGAACUAGAUAGGUGGCUCUAACAUUCAAACUAGUCAGUGAUAACUGAAAUUCUCCUAGCAGCAUUAUGUCUUAGCAGGUAAUCCCUUCCGAUACGUCGUGAUAUAAUCAGGGGCACCCAACGAGAAUUUUGUUCAAAACCACUUAAACAUAGUAUUGUUAAACGUAUUUUAGUAUUUAAACGGUAGAUAUGGGCAUAUUUUUAUCCCCUAAAAUUUUUUCAUCUGUUCGGAUUUCCUAGCUGAAAGUCUAGUGAUCCGAAAAUUAUAGGGAUCAAAACUUACCUUUUCGAAAAUUUCAGCCAGAAAAAAGGCUCUCGAAAAUUCUAGGUGACCUUUUCAGGGUAAAAAUCCGUUUAAAAUAAGCAAUUACACCAUUUUUUAGAUGUUCGAAAAUCCUAGGAGAGGCAGGCAAGCAGGAAAUUUUACCACAAAUGUUUCGAAAAUUCUAGAUCUCAAAUCGUCUUCCGAACAGAUAUUCUUCGGAAAAUUGCCGUUGGGUGCUCCUGUAUAAUAUAUGGUUUUACGAAUACGUUUUUACCUUAACCAGCUAGGCAACGUACAAAACAAAGGUGCCAGACCCAGGUUAUUUUCAGCAGGUUUUGUUGAACUAAGGUUGUUUAGUCUGUUUUAAGUCAUAGAAAUACUUCGUCUCAAACUAGGGAACUCAUCGGUGGUUUGAAAAGUUAGGUUAAGUUUCAGAAUAAGAAUAACAAAAGGAAAUUUUUUUCUGAAAGAAAUAAAUGGUUUUAUGCUUGGUGUGACUGAUCAAUGUGUAAUUUCUCCAGCUGCCAGAAAGGGGGCGUUCCUGCUAUCCGGGACAUUAUAUGUGUGUUCUCAAGACAUGAAAUCGAGGCACGAAGUCCCUCUGCUCACUGCAGCACGGAAAUAAUGAAACAUUUUUCCCCCCCUUCCCUUCCCUUUUCCUUUUCUCCACUUUACUGUCCCGGAUGGCGGGCGUGGGUGUGCCCUUGGGCUCUCCACAAGUUGCUCGAGAUUUUCCAAAAUGUUUCCUGUAAUUUCUCAAAAAGUUGCUCAAACGUUGCUCAAAAAAAAUCAAAAGUUGCUCGAAAAAACAAAAACGUUUUUUAGUCUGAUGCUAAAAUAUACAAAUUGUACAACAAAUUAGUAAGAUUUCUAAGCAUUUUUGUGCAAUUUUGCGGCGUAACCAGCGUUACUAAAUAACUUUGUCCUCAAUUAAAACCGAAAUAUGUAAUAAGCUAAUAAAAUUGUUGAAUGACCCUCUACACCUGAGACACUCCAGUCAGUCGAAUGUGAGUCUUCGUCCACCAUUUUGAAUUUUCUCUAAAAACUGCUGACCUAGCAGCCCGGCUACUGUUAUCUUGCGCCCAUGAUCUGCGCCAGGGGGGGAUUUGGCUCCUUUUUUCACAAGAAAUUCAUAAAUUGUCCACUAAAACAUUGUGAAAUAUGGAAGAAAGGCCAAUUUCAGCACUAAAAGCUGCUGCGAUAUCUCAGACUAUACUUGUAGAAAGCCCUAGUGUGCCUUCACCUUUGAUGGGAUAAUCUCCUCGGUGUAUCUGGAUUUUCCUUAGUAGCUCUAUAUACUUAAAAAUUAAAUAGACGGCCACUCCUGUGGCCAAAAUUCAUACCAAAAUGGUAUUGUCAUUAUUUGGUACCUCAGCUAACAGAACUCACCCAAAGCGAGACCCCGCUGACGUCUAUAAUUGACUUAACAAUUAUUAUUAAAAGGAACAUGGAGGAUAAAAGAAGUUAAGACUGCAGUUGUUAAAGUGUAACUGAACAACUCCUUUUUCCUGACUCAUCUCCAUACGUUUCCUAAAACGACUAGUCGAAAGAAUUUUGAAAAUAUUUUCCCUUUGGUGAUCAAUUUACUAAUUCUCAUAACCUUUUCUCUUGAUGACGUAUUCAAAGUCGUCGGGAGAAAAUUGACGUUAGUCACUCUUGGGUCUUUAUGGGUUCAAUAGCCCGAAUUCCGGCGUGGGUACUUGAAAAAAGUGUGUUUUUGUGUAUUCCCCCGGAGGACGGGUUGGGGGGUCCCUUACGAAAGGUACGAACAUGUUCGUGAAUUAUACCGCCUAAAAGAUUAAUAUCUAUUGCCGCUGUGUUUACUUUGUUUCAUCAUAAUUACUUUACUCCUUAUUUAUCGAAUUCUCGCGUUCAAUUAGUGAAUUUUUUUCUUAGUUUGCAAAGUAAUUCUCAUGUCCUUGAAAGGGUUUAAAUUCUUGGGCAGACGGGCCUCUUGAUAAAUUGUGUUUUGGUUGGUUUAAAUGCCUUUGUUUGUAUUCAAUACCAACACUUGAAAGUUGGAUGCCAUUUCCUUCUGUUAUCUUUGAGAAAUAAAGCUUUUGCCUAAAAUGUAAACAAAAUUUGAAAUAGAAGCAGAACUUGUAGCCAUUGAAAUGUUUCUUUGAUUGCAAAUACUUGGAUGAAGUUGUUAAGUGUGAGGCACCGAAAACAGGAAUUCUUGAGUCUUCCCUAAAGUAGCCCGUGUUUUUCUGAAGCACAAUAAGUACGAAAUGUACGCUUUGUCAACCAUCAACUUGAAGGCUAUUCAUCCGUUUCUCGCUUUACUUGUACUGUUUGUUUUUUGUGUUUAAGAUGAAAGUUGAAUCGAUUUUAAUCUAAGGUUAACCUUUCAUUCCUAAAACGUUUGAGUCAGCAUGAAACCAAAUCCUGUGAUGUUUCCAUUAAAAUCAAACCUCUUCAGCAGUUCUAUCACAUAGUACUCGGUAAGUCGUUCAGGAGGGUUUCACACAUGGAAUAAAACUGAUUUGAGAUAUAACUGAAGUUUAUUUUCUGGCCACGUUUUCAAGCUGAAAGUAUAGCUGGUUUAAGCCCUUAACAUGGGUGCAAUACUCGUUGUUACCUCAAGAUCGCAAUUUCCGUUUUUUUGUGUGUGAUAUUAAACACUUGAUCUCGUUAGAAUAGGAAAGACUUAACGAAUUGCCAAAACUGUGCAAGAAAAAUAAUGGGCUUUGUUCCUCUUACUCUCGAAUUAUAAAUUUCUGAGCCUCCUUUGAACUGUAUAAGUCGGAGAGUAAGAUAAAAUCUCUUAAAAUAGAUAAAAUAAAGUUGUUUGACGUAAACCAAACAUCAAACUAUUUGGCUUUCGCUUGACAGCAGUCACCCACUCGUAAGUUAUAUCUCUGAGUUAAAAGGUAUCAUUAAGCCCUUGUGUUGCCUAUGGUAUGAAGAGACCUUAAAAGCCACAUCCGGCAGCCUGUCCUCUUUAAGCAAACACCAUUCCAUUCUGUCUAGAAUAAACUUCCUAGCACGAAUAAGCUUGAGUAAUGAACUUUAUGAAUUUGUCAUCUUCCAAAAACAUCUUACCUUUGUGACAGUUGCACAUUCAUCUUGAGUAAGAUAUCUCAUUUGCGCGUUUUCAACACACAGAUUUCGGCGAACACCUUUUCGUGAGGGGGUGUUUUCUUUUGAAGAGCUUCUUGAGUGAAGAAAUAGGGAUAAAUUGCAAAUCUGAUUUAUUUUUCGACUGACUGUAUAAUGAAGUGCAUAUCUUAAUCCGCACUCGAAGCCACACAACAGAGAGAGAUUAGAUUGUAAUGCGAUAUCAAACUAUUUUAAUUCACCAUGAAUUUUAUAAUACGUUUAAACCAUGCGAUUAUUGCGAAAUGCGCUUUCGUAUUUGUAAUUCCUCGUUCAAUGACGGAACUAAACGUUUCAACACAGCCGAUUUAUGGGCUGCCUUUCCCUUUGCGUCAUUUGCCACCAAGCCCCCCCCCCCCUUCCCUCUCAAUUCAAAUCGUUAAGCUAUGCUAGCUCUUAUUAUGCUGUAAUACAGUAGAACCUCAGAUAACUUGAAUCCCCCUCUAACUACAACUAAAUUUCCUUUCCUUUGAUCAAAACUUCGCAGAAAUUUACCCCGAUAACUCGAGCUGUUUCGUUUCCCGGCCCUUCAGAGUUCGAGUUACCGGGGUUCAGCCUCAAUUAAUAGAAUCGAACCGAAUCGUCACCAUCAAGCCCGUGAAAAGGGUUUUCAAGUUAAAACUACCACGUUUGUACAUUAUACCUUAGGGCACUAUGACUCUAAUCGGCAGUAUAUGCAUCGAGAAAGAAGCUUUGUUUCUACGUGAAUCACGAUAGAGGCACCAGCGUACAUGCCCCUUUCUAUCAUUGCAACAAAUAACAUAUUAAUAUCUGAGUCUUAAAAUGGAAAACUAUUAUUUUCUUCUCAGAAACUUCCAAAACAUGGGCGGCUUCCUAUGCCCCGUUGUCCGGCCUCCAAGACCUCAAGUAUGUCAUCCCAUUUGUAAAGACGUUUAAGUGUAGCCAUUGCAAUUCUUCUUGAAAAACUUGAUAUACCUGUUUCUCGAAACUUAAGGAAUAAUACAACCUUGUUUAAAAAGUAGUCCGGAAUUUUUUUUGUGAAAAUUCUCGAGUAGAUUUAAGCGAUGGUGUUCAUGUUUGCUUUCGAGUAUAAUUCGUCACCGAUAAACUACUGACGUCAAGCUUUCAUUUACACUUGUGCCUCGAGUACCCAUUGCAGAAUUCCUCUGUAACUGCCCCCACUGCUAUAUCAGCCGGUCUACCAGGGAAACACUGGACUGCUGGUGAAAGUAUUUUAUAAAUGCUGACUUCAGUGGCCUUCCUCGUCUUGUCAAACUACUCUCGGAGCAACAUAUGUGAAAUUAUGGUGGAGUCGUACACUAAGGUAAGACAAUGUAAAAUGCGACGUAAUUGAAAGGGAACAGACGGCAAUAAACGAAUGUUGCUGUCUCAGACACUACUGUCGAAAUAGUUCAUCAUUGUGAGGAUCCCAAGAUUCGUGGAAUUCCAUAGUCAGUUUUCCGAAAUAUUUAAUGGCCUAACGACAAAAAUCGAAAAAGAGUAACUAAAAGAUUUUGCUGCAAGACUUUGAAACACUGAUUUCGUCCGGUUUCAACAGAACUUAUUAGCACCGGGAACUAUUGGGUUAAACAGAUAAUGAAACGAGCUUUUUAAAUUGGCCAUCGAAGAGUCGAGACGAGGCUUGGUUCAGUGGAGUCAUUGAAUAUAUAACGCCUCUUUCUUUAAGUUCGAGAAUGACUGGAUCUUAGAAUACAUGUUGCGAAUAUCCCCCGCACAGUCUUUAAUAUAGGUGCCUUACAGUGGAGGACGUUUUGAUCAGCUUAAAAGAAUCUAGAGAGCAGGAUAUCUUACUUGAAUGGAACUAAAUAGGUUCCGAAUGACGGCGUUCGCUUACUGCAACUUCAGAUUGCUUCGACGCUGUGAAGCGCAAUAGAUCAUAUAUAUGCCGUGAAUUUUUGCGCUGUAUAAGUAACUAACUCACCCAUUAGCUUCUCCUUGUGCCUAGCGAUGUUACUGCUAUGCAAACGAGGAACUGUACUGCGUUCUGAAGUUCGGAAAGGAUUCUUCUUCUCCAACCCUUUCAANCUAAAUAGGUUCCGAAUGACGGCGUUCGCUUACUGCAACUUCAGAUUGCUUCGACGCUGUGAAGCGCAAUAGAUCAUAUAUAUGCCGUGAAUUUUUGCGCUGUAUAAGUAACUAACUCACCCAUUAGCUUCUCCUUGUGCCUAGCGAUGUUACUGCUAUGCAAACGAGGAACUGUACUGCGUUCUGAAGUUCGGAAAGGAUUCUUCUUCUCCAACCCUUUCAAGAUUGCAGGGUCCUUCUUACUUUCUCGCGCCUUGUACCAGUUCACCAAAGAGCGUAACUGUUUGUGUACCCGUGAAUUGUAGUGUUUACAUGGCCGUGUUUGAAUGUAUUACAUUCUGUAAGUAGUGUAUGUAUGAAAUGUUAUUUCGGCUUAACUAACUGGGGCAAUUGAAUGUCCUGAGAAUGUUCAAUUUUCGUGAAUAACAAACAUUCUCCCUGAAAUGUUCCAAUUGUUACUAGAGUCUCUAAUAAUCUACUCCGUUUUUGAGAUAAAAAAAAAGGGUUUCCUUCUGAAUGGUCACACAAUAAGAUUUCUCCCGCAGUUUCGGUACAAGUUUCAAUGAACUGACAACAUUUCAUUCCCGCCAUCCAAAUUUUUGGAUUGAUUAAGGUUUCAAUACAUGAAUACUGCAGUAAUUAUCGCGCAGUUUCAUAGUUGCAUGCAUUUUUACUUCCAUUUCACAAUACAGUUCAUGUUAUUAAUCAACCCAGUUAUUUCAUGACUAAUUUUAGCUUUUCCUGCUUAAAGAUCAGACUCAGUGAAGGCACUGUUGUUUGUGAAUUCUUUAAAAUUAUAAUCCUUGGCACGUUGAUACCCUCUUAAACAUACAAUUUAGCUUAACUUUACGUCGCCUGGAGAGCCAACGUAAACAUUUGAAAUUGUUCUUUUUUGCUCUUAGAUAGCUAAGCUCAAAGUCUUCUGUGAUAGCAUUUCUCUCAGCACACAUUUGUACAGUAAACAUAUUGGCAUUCGAGGUGGCCCCUCCCAUGAGCCGGGUUUGUUUCUUGUCGUUUUCGUUCACGCCAGAAACAAAGCUGUAAGAUUCAUUCAAAUAUUUCAAUAAAGCAAACACAUGAUGCCCAUGAAGUAUUUAAAAUCCAACAAUAUACUUGCGUUUUAGUUGUAAAAUGGAACUGAAGGUACUUCGCUUCAGUGAAUUCAGUGGCAGAUUGACUAGCCUUGUUAUUGUAAAUAAAAUUGUACCAGUUUUGAUACAGUAAUGGAGCGGCUUACAGGCUUAAAUAUGAUGAUCUACGUUCCUUUGUUUAACGCUACUUAUACUUUGCAAGACCAAUCCCAAGUGCUCAGUGUAUCAUGCAGGGAAUUGAAACUCUGACUGUUUGCGUUAAUCACCGAAUUGUGAAAGAAAAUGGUAUAUCUGAUAUCACUACAUUAUAUGUAGCCUGUUCCAGGCUCCGAGAUGGUCGGGUUCGCGAAAUUGAGAAAGCGCGAACACGAAACUAAAACGGGAGGAAAUCAUGCGCUUAUAUUUUCGCGUGCCUUUCAGUUACCUACCAUUUUGCGCUGUAUAAGUAACUAACUCACCCAUUAGCUUCUCCUUGUGCCUAGCGAUGUUACUGCUAUGCAAACGAGGAACUGUACUGCGUUCUGAAGUUCGGAAAGGAUUCUUCUUCUCCAACCCUUUCAAAAUUGCAGGGUCUUUCUUACUUUCUCCCGCCUUGUACCAGUUCACCAAAGAGCGUAACUGUUUGUGUACCCGUGAAUUGUAGUGUUUACAUGGUCGUGUUUGAAUGGAUUACAUUCUGUAAGUAGUGUAUAUGUAUGAAAUGUUAUUUCGGCUUAACUAACUGGGACAAUUGAAUGUCCUGAGAAUGUUCAAUUUUCGUGAAUAACAAACAUUCUCCCAGAAAUGUUCCAAUUGUUACUAGAGUCUCUAAUAAUCUACUCCGUUUUUCUAAAAGAUAGAGAUAGAGAAAGGGUUUCCUUCUGAAUGGUCACACAAUAAGAUUUCGCCCGCAGUUUCGGCACAAGUUUCAAUGAACUGACAACAUUUCAUUCCCGCCAUCCAAAUUUUUGGAUUGAUUAAGGUUUCAAUACAUGAAUACUGCAGUAAUUAACGCGCAGUUUCAUAGUUGCAUGCAUUUUUACUUCCACUUCACAAUACAGUUCAUAUUAUUGAUCAACCCAGUUAUUUCAUGACUAAUUUUAGCUUUUCCUGCUUAAAGAUCAGACUCAGUGAAGGCACUGUUGUUUGUGAAUUCUUUAAAUUUAUAAUCCUUGGCACGUUGAAACCCUCUUAAACAUACAAUUUAGCUUAACUUGAAGUCGCCUGGAGAGCCAACGUAAACAUUUGAAAUUGUUCUUUUUUGCUCUUAGAUAGCUAAGCUCGAAGUCUUCUGUGAUAGCAUUUCUCUCAGCACACAUUUGUACAGUAAACAUAUUGGCAUUCGAGGUGGCCUCUCCCAUGAUCCGGGUUUGUUUCUUGUCGUUUUCGUUCACGCCAGAAACAAAGCUGUAAGAUUCAUUCAAAUAUUUCAAUAAAGCAAACACAUGAUGCCCAUGCCAACAAUAUACUUGCGUUUUAGUUGUAAAAUGGAACUGAAGGUACUUCGCUUGAGUGAAUUCAGUGGCAGAUUGACUAGCCUUGUUAUUGUAUAUAACAUUGUACCAGUUUUGAUACAGUAAUGGAGCGGCUUACGGGCUUAAAUGUGAUGAUCUACGUUCCUUUGUUUAACGCUACUUGUACUUUGCAAGACCAAUCCCAAGUGCUCAGUGUAUCAGGGAAUUGAAACUCUGACUGUUUGCGUUAAUCACGGAAUUGUAAAAGAAAAUGGUAUAUCUGAUAUCACUACAUUAUAUAUAGCCUGUUCCAGGCUCCGAGAUGGUCGGGUUCGCGAAAUUGAGAAAGCGCGAACACGAAACUAAAACGGGAGGAAAUCAUGCGCUUAUAUUUUCGCGUGCCUUUCAGUUACCUACCUUACCCUACUAUCUGAGAGCCCUGAACAGGCUACUUAUAUAUGCUACACUACACUGAUUUAGUUCAAAAGUCAUGCUAACCGUUUUGCCAAGCCUUUAGCAUUCACCAUUUCCACCAAACAUUUUGCAUGAACAUGGUGUAUUAUGGGCAAUGUGAAAAUGGUGAUUUGCCUUUUUGAACGUACAAAUUAGGUUUCUGGAAAACUGCCCACCUACCCCUCCCCUAAGCCCUCAUUUUGCUCUAAGUAAGAAGUAAGUGUUAAUGUUAGCAUAGGGGAGGGGUAGAUGGGCAGUUUCCCAAAAACCUAAAUUGAUCCCAAAUUUUCAGACAGUCUUGUGAUCGAAAUACUCUUAAUUUUACUGAUCGGUUAUUGACCCCUUUCACUCAAGGGGUUCUUCCUCACCCCCCCUCCCCGCCCCUCCGGCGGACUUUCAACGUUUCGUAGGGAGAGCCUCACUAAAAUAAAAUGUUUUAAUCAUUUUGUAGAUGCCUAGACGUGAUGCUAAGUAAAAAGAGAGAAAAUGGGAUUAAUCCUGUAAAAUUGUCAUCUGGUGAGCCUGAAAGUUAACAUGUUUGGACACAAUGAUGUUACGGGACGUGCGACUGGUGCGAAAUCAGAUUAAAAUGUGACGUAGUCCUCACUUCUGGUUUGUGAAACAAAAACAAAGGAACGUGUUCCUUCAAAUGAAAGCCCUUAACAAAUAUAUCUCUACUGUAUGGAAUCAUUAUAAUUGUUUGAUAAUUUUUAUAGUAAAACGUCGUGGCGAUUUGCCGAUGUCAGAACGAUGCCAGCAGGAUGAUAGUAUGUAG